CGCUGCCUCCUUUUUCCCUUUUCCGGCCGCCAUCUUGGCUCCUUCCGCGUGCGCCCACCAGGCUCUGCGCUUCCCUCGGCGGACUUCCCUCUUCUUGACCCGGUUGGACUGCUUCCUCCCGAGAAGAUGAAAGAAAUUAUCAUGAAUCAAGAGAAAUUAGCCAAGCUGCAAGCACAAGUGCGCAUUGGGGGCAAGGGUACUGCCCGCAGAAAGAAGAAGGUGGUUCACAGAACAGCUACAGCAGAUGACAAAAAACUUCAGUUUUCCUUAAAGAAGCUGGGAGUAAAUAAUAUCUCUGGCAUUGAGGAGGUAAACAUGUUUACCACCCAAGGCACUGUCAUCCACUUCAACAACCCUAAGGUCCAGGCUUCUCUAGCUGCUAAUACUUUCACAAUCACAGGCCAUGCUGAAACAAAGCAACUGACUGAAAUGCUUCCUAGCAUCUUAAACCAACUUGGUGCUGAUAGUCUGACAAGCUUGAGAAGACUAGCAGAAGCUCUACCCAAACAACCUGUUGAUGGCAAAGCACCACUUGCUACUGGAGAAGAAGACGAUGAUGAAGUUCCAGAUCUUGUGGAAAAUUUUGAUGAAGCUUCAAAGAAUGAAGCAAACUGAACUGCCACUUUAAAUUAAACUUGAAAAUUAUAUAGAGCUGCUAUUUUAUAUUGUAACUUUUAUUUGUAACAUUUUUGUACUGAUCUUAAAUCAAAGAUCUGUAAUAUUUGGAAACUCUUAAAAAUUGCAGCUCUCCUCAUUUCUUGCUAGUGCACGGAGCAUUUAGUUGCGGCUGGGUUGGAAAUAACACAAAAUUGAAAAAGUAUUAAGUCAAAAAUGCUAAUAAAGGCUACAUGUUUAGGCAAA